UAAAUAUUAGAGACGACCUCAGACUUCAUUAUUUACAAUGAAGACGGCAAUAGUUUUGGUUUUAGUGGCGGUGGCCCAAAGUGCCAAGUUUCCUUCAAAUUUUCACAAAUGUAACCGCAAAGACCCUGAUUUUGAUAAAUGCGCUCUUGAAGCUGCCAAUAAUGGAGUUGUGCAAGUUACUAAACCUUUCCCUGAAAUCCAUUUACCAAAUUUGAACCCUUUGGAAAUGAGUGAGCUGAAAAUUGGGGCUGGAUCCGAAGGGGUUGUUAAUGUACAACAAAAUUUUAAAAACUGUAAAUUGUACGGUAUCGAUAAAAUACAUUUUGACACUUUCCGUUUUGAUUUUGAGAAAAAAGUCUUAGAUGCUAGUUCUUUUAUCCCUGAAAUUAAAAAACUCUGCGAUUAUGAACUCAACGGCAAAGUUCUUCUUUUACCAAUUGUUGGGACCGGCAAAAGCACGAUUAUUUUGCGAAAUAUCAAACUUGGAGGUCAGUACAAUUUCGAGGAAGUCCAAAAGAAGGGAAAGACUUUUAUGAAUUUCAAAACAUUUACUUUUUCUUUCAACCCCGAUUUUGUUUCAUUCGACUUUGAAAAUCUCUUCAAUGGUGAUAAACAACUCGGCGAUAAUAUUAAUAAAGUGUUGAAUGAGAAUUACAAGGAGGUGUUUGCUGAUGUCCAAAAGGGCUACGAGGAGGGCUUUGGACUUGUAAUUAAGAAUAUUUUGAAUAAUUUGUUCGCUAAAGUUUCAAUGGAGGAAGCUUUCGAUUAAAGAAUUUACUUAAUUUUUAUAUUUAUGUCAUUGUAAGUAGUAUUAAAAUUUAAUAAAAAUCCUUAACAAAAA